AUGAGAGUGCAUCUUCAUAAUGACGAGGAUUCAGGACUUUACGCAGAAAUGUUAUUGAAAAUUGGUGAUGGUUGUUUAGACGUUGACGCUGAAGGCUACAUAUCACUGUCAAGAGAAUUGUGUAAUUUAGUAGAAAGUGAUGUGGAUGUCAUUGCUAAUGUUUUUCCGGAAUUGCAACAAAAUUUGUGUAGUGAUCAGUGGUUGUGUGCAAGAGCACUAUUAGCACCAAGAAAUGAAAUUGUAAAUAGGAUCAACGCUGACAUUUCAAGCGAGGUUCAAGGAGAAAUGAAGGAAUAUUUGUCAAUGGAUACAAUAAUGCUUAUGCGAAAUCUAGAUGCUCCUCGGCUAUGUAAUGGAACAAAGCUUCGGAUAACAAAAUUGGGACAGAACAUACUUGGUGCUACUAUUUUAACAGGUGUCGGUAAGGGAAAUAGUGUUAUAAUACCAAUUAUUCCCACUGACCUUCCAUUACAAUUUAAAAGGGUUCAGUUUCCCGUCAAGUUUAGCUUUGCUGUUACUAUAAACAAAGCACAAGGACAAACUUUACAGGUAGCAGAAGUGCAUUUAGAAAACCCAUCCUUCUCUCAUGGUCAACUUUACGUAGCCUGUUCACGUGUAUCUAUUUCACCCGAGGGGAAAACUUAA